GACGGGCCCGCGCUGCUGAGACAAGCAGAGCACUGACUACCCGGCGGCGCGCGCUCACAGAUUCCCUCUCAGCAACACACACACACACUCCCCAAACAAAGAGAAGCACGCGAGGCAGCAGAGCAUCCCACCCUUUCAAGCCGCCAGCUCAUCCCCCAUCCCUCCCAGACAGAACCGGUCCGGUCCGAGAAGCCUGAGACGAUGACAACUAACGGUGCGACUAACGGAACCAGCGACAUGCUGCAGAUCCAGUUCGGUCUCAUCAACUGUGGGAACAAAUACCUCACGGCGGAGACCUUCGGCUUUAAAAUCAAUGCCUCCGCCACGAGCAUGAAGAAGAAGCAGAUCUGGACUCUGGAGCAGAGCGGGGACGACUCCAACGGGAACGUGUUCUUCCUCAAGUCACAUCUGGGUCGGUACAUCGCCACUGAUAAGGACGGAAACGUCACCGGAGACAGCGAGACCCCAGGUCCGGAUUGCCGGUUCAUCAUCACCGCCCACGAUGACGGCCGCUGGUCCCUGCAGUCCGAACCGCACGGCCGUUACCUGGGCGGCACCGAGGACCGGAUCAUCUGCUUUGCUCAGACCGUCUCCGUGGCGGAGAAAUGGAGCGUGCACAUCGCCAUGCACCCGCAGGUGAACAUCUUCAGCAUGACGCGCAAACGUUACGCGCACCUGAGCGAUAAGGUGGACGAAAUUGCCAUCGACCGGGAUGUCCCGUGGGGGGUGGACUCCAUGAUCACGCUGGUGUUCCGCGACCAGCGCUAUCACCUGCAGACGUCCGACAACCGCUUUCUGAAGAACGACGGUGCGCUGGUCGCCACAACGGACAAGAGCACGGGCUACACGCUCGAGUUCCGCUCCGGGAAGGUGGCCUUCAGGGACUGCAGCGGCAGGUACCUCGCACCCUCCGGCCCCUCUGGUACCAUGAAGUCCGGCAAGAGCGCGCGGGUGGGAAAGGAUGAGCUGUUUGUGCUGGAGCAGAGCCACCCGCAGGUCGUGCUCACCGCUGGCAACGAGAGGAACGUCUCCACCCGCCAAGGCAUGGACCUGUCAGCCAAUCAGGAUGAGGAAGGCGACCAGGAGGUGUUCCAGGUGGAGAUCUGCCGUGAAAACAGGAAGUGUGCAUUUCGGACCGCUGCUGGGAAAUACUGGACCCUCACUGCUAACGGCGGCCUGCAGUGCACCGCCUCCACCAAGUCAGCUAAUUGCUACUUUGACAUCGAGUGGCGUGGGAAGAGGCUGACUCUCCGGGCUGCUAAUGGGAAGUAUGUGGCCGCCAAGAAAAACGGCCAGCUAGCAGCCACCAUGGACUCGGCAGGCGAGUCUGAGGAGUUUAUCAUGAAGCUGAUUAACCGCCCCAUCAUCGUGCUGCGAGGAGAACACGGCUUCAUCGGCUGCAGGAAGGUGACUGGGACGCUGGACUCAAACCGCUCCUCCUAUGACUACUUUACUCUGGAGUUCAGAGAUGGAGCGUACAGCCUGCAAGACUCGACAGGAAAAUACUGGAUGGUGGGAAAUGAGCAGUCUGUUGUGAGCAGCAGCGACACUCCCGUUGAUUUCCUCUUUGAGUUCUGCGACUACAACAAACUGGCCGUUCGCCAUGCCGGUGAUGGUAAGUACCUCCGCGGGGAUCACGCUGGCGUGCUGAAGGCCAACGCCGACGACCUGGAGACCGCCACGCUCUGGGAAUACUGAGGGAAGCUGGGGAAACCACGGCGACAGGGAUGCAGUCCCCCCCCCCAUCACUGCCCGUCCUUCUUGAUCUACCUGCCCUCCCCCCGGCUCCCACCUUUAUAUUAUAUCCUUGUGACUUUAUGUUGAUAAACUGCACAGGGAGGGGUGAAAGAAGGAAGGAGACUCCUCUUUCCCUCCCUUUCCUUCCUUUCAUCCUUCACUCACUUUCUCAUCUCCUCCCUGCAGUGCCGACCUUUAUCUGUUGCCAUAGCUACCACGGGGGCUGUGCACUUUUUUUCUGCUUCGAUCUGGUUCGCUGCUCGACCUGUCACUUAUUCCGUCCUUGCCUUAUGAUUGGGCUGCCCCCAUCCCAGAGCCGAGCCACAUUUAAAGAGCCCCCUUUUCUCCCAGUCACCCCCAACCCCUACCCACACCCGCUCAUGUUUCUAUUUGUUUCUAUUGUCUGUGAGCAGCACACGGUGGCAGUAUUUAUGGUGUUUGAGCUGGUCUACCUGAUCCAAUCUUCUUAAACAACUUCCUGCCCGCUGGCUGUGAAAUACCAGGAAAAUCAGUCUGUUUGUGGUUGGAUCUUGUAGAUGCUGAUGUUUCUGCUUCUGUCAGACCAGACCGAGUGCGUGAGAGAGAGUGUGUGUGUAUGUAUGUGCGUGUGUUUUCAUGAGCAGGCCUUGCUGCCUGUGUUGACUGUAAUAUAACUGGAGUGGACUGAUGAUGUUGAAGACGAUGUAACUGACUGGAUAAAGCCCACCUUUCAUCUCAAGUGUAAAAUGUUCAGAUGUAAGCUAGUUUCCUGUGUUGAUCUCUAGCUGUGUUCCCAUUGGUUGGUGAACAGUCAGAUUUCCUGGAUCUUACAGGAUGUAGGAAGUUAAAAUGCUCAAUCAUGGGAACGGCACAAAGAAAACGCAAAUGUAUGUUUACCGCACUCGUGUCUCGUUGAGGAAGAAAAAUUAAAACACUUGCACAGUUGGGUUAAUUUCUUUUUCUACGUCCAAGGCACAGACAUUAUCAUGAAGAAGUGUACAGCGGGUAGCCAUAGCAACUGUAUUGAAAUGAUUUAUAGACACUUCCAAAGCUGCUUUUUCUUGAUUCCCACCGACCAAACGGCCACCUCAGCCUUUACUCAGACCAAACCUUUGAUACUGGAUCAAUAAACUGUCCAUCUUACACCAAAUUAAUAAAAACUGGUGCUACUAACAAAUUCAUCUCACACCGUCUGAACAGUGAUUUAUUUUGACGGCCUUCGUAGCCUUUCUCACCGACAUCUGCUGCCGCUUCAGUUUUCAUUCCACUUUGAACUCUCAGCAGUGUCAUGACAAUAUUUACGAUAUAACCCCUUUUUAUUUGUUCAGUUGGAUUUAUUUCUGUUCCCGUCUAGUCAGCAAACGUGGAAGGGAUGUGCUGAAGAAGGGAAAACUGGAGGUUUUGUUUAUUACAUUUUUUUGUAAUGCAGUCAUGUAACAUGCUGAGCCUACGAGUUCUGUCCUUUGAUUCUCUACCCUUCAGUUAGAAAUGGUUUCCAUCUAGUUCUUGCAGGAAGAUUUUCUCACCACAUAGCCCUGAACUGGUGAAAUGAUGCAUGAUUGUAGCCAGUCCAUCAUGAGAUCUGUCCAACUUUCUCUUAGAAAUUGUAAUUUUUUAUUUUUUCGUUGUAGAUGAAGGGUUUUGAAUCUCAAAAGAAGCGGUUUACAUCAGAAAAACAAAGACCAAGGCUCAGGCAAGCAGAUGUGGAACGGUAAACAUGUGGUAAUGACUGUGCCUUACUCUUGAGUUUUUGGGCAGUAGGAAAAUCAAAAUUAGAAAAAAAUUAAGUCCACAUCUUUGCUUUGUAAAACUGGAACUUCCUUUUGUAUUAUUUUGUACAAUUAUUAUUUCUUUUGAUAUUGUGGAUUAAUCUCUCUUGUGCCAUUGGUUCACCUAAAAUCCAGCGACCAAUAAAACUGGGAUUUGGAAUGCUC